GUUCGAAUUUUCCCGAGCACAUUUUCCCGGCUCUGGUGGGACGUCCGAUUAUUCGGUCCAGCGUUAAGGUUGGCAAUAUCGAAAUCAAGGACCUCAUGGUGGGUGAUGAUGCCAGCAAGCUGCGUUCCAUGUUGGAGGUGAACUACCCCAUGGAGAACGGGAUUGUGCGCAACUGGGAUGACAUGAAAUACUUGUGGGAUUAUACCUUUGGGCCUGAGAAACUCAACAUUGACCCCCGUAAGUGUAAGAUUCUGCUCACGGAGCCGCCCAUGAAUCCCACCAAGAACCGAGAGAAGAUCAUCGAGGUUAUGUUUGAAACAUACCAGUUUGAUGGCGUCUAUAUUGCGAUCCAAGCCGUGUUGACUCUUUAUGCCCAAGGUCUGCUCACCGGCGUGGUGGUGGAUUCAGGAGAUGGCGUCACCCACAUCUGCCCCGUCUACGAGGGCUUUUCAUUGCCCCACCUCACCCGCCGGCUGGAUAUCGCAGGGCGCGACAUCACACGCUACCUCAUCAAGCUCUUGUUACUUCGCGGCUACGCCUUCAACCACUCGGCUGACUUUGAGACGGUCAGGAUGAUGAAAGAGAAGCUGUGUUACGUUGGCUACAACAUUGACCAGGAACAACAGUUGGCCCGCGAGACAACGGUGCUGGUGGAGUCCUACACGCUGCCAGAUGGGCGUGUGAUCAAAGUUGGGGGGGAACGCUUCGAAGCCCCCGAAGCGCUGUUUCAGCCUCACCUCAUCAACGUGGAAGGGGUAGGCAUGGCUGAACUUCUCUUCAACACCAUCCAAGCCUCAGCGGUGGACACCCGGGCCGAGUUUUAUAAACAUAUUGUUCUUUCGGGGGGCUCUACCAUGUACCCCGGGCUGCCAUCCCGCCUGGAGCGUGAGAUGAAACAGCUGUAUCUGGAACGGGUGCUGAACGGGGAUGUGGAAAAACUGUCGAAAUUCAAGAUUCGCAUUGAGGAUCCCCCACGCCGAAAACACAUGGUAUUUUUGGGGGGAGCCGUCCUUGCUGACAUCAUGAAGGACAAGGAGAACUUCUGGCUGCAGCGGUCCGACUAUCUGGAAAAGGGGACCCGGAUUCUUGAGAUGCUCGGGGUGCCAAUGCGAUAAUUCCUAGUUCUGGUCUUUUCUCGGACCUUAACGUGUUCCAACCCACUUUCCCUUCUCCUUUCUUUAUUCUUCAGCAAUUGUAACAGGCAUUAUGAUCGGGUUGCCUGUUGGGGAAGAGCAGCUCGUUGUUCGGGGCUCUUCCCCCUUUUAAGUUGCUAGUCCUCUGCAAAGGGCCUGGGAGAAAGGCCCCAAGGCAGCACUGAAUCAGCAUCUCUUGACAUUUCAAAUGCUUGCCUUUCUCUAAUGCAGCUCUGGCUGUCAAGCUCGGCUCGGGGAAUUUGUUUCUCUCCCGUCCUAAAAAACCAAUUUUUAGGCUUUGUAGAUGGGAGAGAGAAAUGAACACACUGCAUAUUUUCAUCUAAAAACUCAGGGAUACUGGGGAUAUACUGGUGACUUAGUUGAGAAACACCGAUUUAGGUUUUUUCCUCCAAAAUAUUUCUUCUUUCUUCCUCCGCCUCGAAGUCUAACCAGGAAACGUCACUUUUGGCUCAGGACCAAAAACAAACCAGUUUUGCUUGCUUACGAGAUGUAACUUUUGCCUUUUCUCUGGAUCCAGCUACAAAAGAUAAUUUGAGCCCUCCCAGAGAGAUCUGUGCCUUCCACAAAAGAUGACAGCGCUUGAAAUGUAAUCCACCCCCUCCCCAGCUUCAUUUUUUAAAUAAAAAAGGGACGUUCCUUUAUUUUUUUGAAUGA